AUGGGCGGAGGAAAGAUUGAUGUGUAUAUGGACAUUGUGUCUCUAUACAGCUACCUAGCCUUCCUAGAUCUUCAACGAAACGGUGAACUUCUCAAGGCACACAAUGUAGAGGUCGAAUUCCAUCCGGUCCUUUUGGGCGCCAUCAAUGUCGGCUCAGGCAACAAACCGCCCUGGACCCUCCCCGCCAAAGCCAUCUACGGCGCUCACGAUGCUCGGCGGUCCAUCGCUCGGUUUCCGGGGGUGGUGAUCCAGACGCCGAAGGAUUUGAUGGCUGUUUCAAAAACUAUUGUCCCCAACCGCGCCCUCCACUUCAUCAAAGCCCAUUACUCCCCCUCCACCUUCCUCACAGCCCUCCACUACCUAAUGCACCUUUUCUGGUCUCCUCCCAACUUGAACCUGACGUUGCCCGAAAACGUCGCCAAGACGUUGCUCGAAUGCCCCGCAGAUUUCUCUAUCCCUGCCCCCACCUCCUCUCAACGUGGACAAGAAGGAGAGAAGAAGGGCGGCGAGAAGAAAAUGUUCACAAAACAACAGGUAGAAGAAAUCAUGAAGGGGACCGAGACCAAAGAGGUCAAGGAUGCUCUGAAGAAUGCGACACAGGAGGCGUUGGAUAAGGGCGCGUUUGGGAAUCCGUGGUUUUGGGUUACGGACGACAAAGGGAGGGGGGAGCCAUUUUUUGGGAGUGAUAGAUUCCAUUUCAUCUACAAGUUUCUUGGUCUGCCCUUCCAGGACGUCACGCUUUUGCCUCCCGGUGGUAAGGCCAAGUUGUAA